AUCCACGAACAGAUCAUUCAAAAUUCCAAUUCCAAUGCCAAUGACCAACUUUAGAAGAUCCAAGGAAGCUGCGGCCGCCGCCGCCGCCGCUGCCACCGGAAGAUGUAAGCCUACCGUCGGAUGCAAAAAGCACCCCAAGCACCGCCAAUCGCCGGGCGUUUGCUCGCUUUGUUUAAGGGCAAAACUAUCUCACCUAUCGACUUCUAGCUCUCGCAGCAUUGCGAAAACUAAGAUAGAGUCUUUUUCUUCCUCUUCCUCUUUGUCUUCUAAUUACUCAUCUUGUACUUCAGCUUCUUCUUGUUCUUCUCCUGUAUACCGUUAUGAUCGUCGGUAUGCGUCCGGUAAGGGGUCUUUUUCGUCUUUGUUCUCGAUUGGCAGUGGGAAUAAUAGGUUGUUGGCCAAGAGCAGAACAGUCGCUUUUGUUCCAAGGAUAAUGAGAGGGAAUAAAGAUGGGGAUGCGAAGAAGAACAAAACUGGGUUUUUGUUGAAUAAGUUGUUUCGUCCAAAGAGGAAAGAGGAGGGUUUGGUGCAUGCACUCUAGCAUCGUAAGAGUUCGAUCAUGGUGCAGGAUGAAAUCUCCUAAUCAUAAUUUCGACAUGGAUGACCUUCUUUCAGAUCAGGAGACUACCAAUUCUAGCCAAGAGAAAGUCGAUUAACGUAGGGUGUAAGCAUGGUUUCGAUCUUGGCUAAUUUGGUUUCAAUUCUUUCAUUCAUUUCCAUCAGUGUGUGUUUAGUUGGACAGAGCAAAAAUGAUAUUUAGGGUUUUAUGAGGGUGGGAUAACAUGGGUUACUUGUAUCACCCCCCACUUCUUACUUAAUUAGUAUCACGAAUACACGUCUGUUCGUGGAUUCAGAACAAAAAUCCCAAGAAAUAUUCCUUCUGUUUCUGUGUCUGUGUCUGUAAUAUAUAUGUUGAUGAUAACAUGGUACUCAGAUCUCCCAUGAACUUUUAGCU